GGGCCCUACAGUCAUUUUUUAGUCGAAAAGCCACCUUAAGUGUUGUUUACAUAUUUUUGUUAUUGUCACUACUUGACAUGCGCAUCACAGCAUGCAUGCUUCUUCCGGUGUGUGGAAGUACUCGUACUCAUGGAUACUGCAUGUAAGAUACAGCCAAACGAAUCUCCGUGGAGUCCCCUACUUAAGGUGGCUUUUCGACCAAAAAAUGACUGUAGGGCCCCUUUAAAGAUAAUACGAAUUGCGCGUUCAUUGACUUUCUCCAACUUGUCGGAGGAUGACUUAUUGCAGAAAUGCCAGCUUUCAGAACAACAAUUAAAAUGUGGAACGAUGAAGGAAGUGUAAAUACUUAAUCUCGUUUCAAAUGGAAGCAUGUUCCUCAUACGUUUUAGCACGGCAACUUGUUGCGAAAGUUUACGACAAACUUUGUUUACAUGCAUGCCAAAUUUCAGUUUUUUUGUCAACCGUUACCCCAAGACUGCCAAGUAGCUCUAAAACAUCACUGUUUGUGAUGACUGUGUUUUCGCAGGAAAAUUCAGGUUUAAUCUCACAUUUUCCCUGCAAUGGCUUGAUAUUUUGUGUAAUUUCUUCUCAUUCCAUUUUCUGCGUACCAUUUGUCGAAGUUGGCCAAGUCAGAAUUUAUAGUUUCAUGAACUUUCACUGGAUCUUGGUCUGCGUGAAAGAUUUGCGUAUCGUCCGCAUACACUAUAUGGUGAUGUUGGUAGCAAUGACAAUGCCUAUCAUAUUCAUGUUUGUAUAGGUUACUAAAGAGGGAAUUUCGAUAUUUGUUGAAUGCGGUAAGUUGUUUAAAUGGUCUGUAAAUCACCAUAAAGACAUCAUUUAUAACACUUGAGAGUUUUGGAGACACAAGAUUCUUACGUCCCCAGCUGGAAAUCCCUGUAAUUUUAUUUUAUUCCCGCAGGAAACUGCACUUUUUUCUCAUUAUUAUUAAAAACUUAUUUACAAACAAUAUAACCCUUCAACUUAAUUGCUGCUUUUAAAGGGAUUGCUCAAAAGAAAAACAGAACAUUUACAAAACUGCAACAUCUGUAAAAUGAUUCUGUAUGAAUUUUGGAUUUUAGACUUUGCUUGCAUAGUAUGUUGGACGCUAAAAUAUGUUCGUUUUCCAAAAAAAAUUAUAUACUAAAAUGCGUAAAUUCUUCCGUACUUUUUACAUAAAUGGCAUGUGAUAAAAACCAAACAUACUUGCAGCUUCGGUGAGUCUGGGAUUGGACGAGCCUCGAGCGGCUGGAAAUUUCCUGGACCCUCGCGAAAUUUCCAGCCACCCUCGAUGCGUCCAAUCCCAGACUCACCUCCCUGCAAGUAUAUUUUUGUUAUAAAAUCAAACUUUACUUUUGUGUCCGAGGUGUUUACGAAUCGGGUUGGUAGCGUAAUAAUACUACUAAUUUUUAAAAUUUGUAACAUUAUAAACCUCAAAUUCAAAGCUAAGUUUGUGCCAUGUGAGCAUCAUAUUUAUCAUCAUGUCUAGCCUUACAUCAUUGUAUUUGACGUUGCUUUUAAUUUCAAUCAUAUCACACGGGAUGAUAUAAUUUGCGUAAGCCACGCGCUGCAAUCGCGCAAACAAGAUAUACUGAGGAACUUUGAAAUAAAUAUAACUGGAACGCUACCUUCAGAUAAAUUGUAUGCCUUAAUUUUCCUUGAAGAUGCUAGGACAAGCUUCUAUGAAACAUGCCUGUGAGUUUAAAGAAGCGUGGCAUAGUAUAGAUAAACUAACAUUUAACCGCCAUAUUGACAUUCCUGUAAUAUACUUACAACUAAAACACUCACACAAAAGACCUGUUUCUCCUUCAUUAACAAUAGAGAGUUUAAAUUCGACUUCCGAUACCAAUACCGAUACUAGGUGUGAAGCAGUAAAGACAAUUCGGCAGUUCAUAACCUUUAGGGUAUUUUCCCAGCUUUAUAGAACUUUGGAGAUUUUAUUUUUAUAUAUAGAUUAAAUUUUAUGUACUAUUUAAAACAUGAGCAGCAGUGUUUUAUCAGAUAUAAAGAUACGAGGCAGAUGCGUAGCAAGCAUCUAAAAGUUGGGGGGCCAAGGCUUUGAGGGGCACUUUUCAAAUGAAAAGGACACCUAAAAUUUUUUCCCCGGAAAUGUUGGGGAAUGGGGGGGACGUCAUCUCAAAAAAUUCUCCAAACAUAGAUAUCAUAUUUUUUCACGAAAAUGACGAAACUUUUCCUGAUAUAACAUAAUUUUAGCCAAAAUAACAAAAUUUUUCAGGACAUAAAAAAACAAAUGCAUCAUAAAUCAAAGACCUUUUGGGCAAAAAAUGCAAUCUGAACGACAUUUUUCACCGAGGUGAAGGGCACUUUGCUCCCGGAAAAAGGACACUUUUGAAAACUUGGGGGUGCCUGCUCCCCUCCCCCCCCCGGUACCUACGCCCCUGAUACAAGGCGAAGCCGAGUAUCUUUAGGUCUGAUAAUACACGCACUGCGAAUAUUUUAAAAAUGAUCGAGUAAUUUUAAAAAAAUACGUUAUAUAAAUCGAGAAAGUCUUGUGUAAAUCAAGGAAAAUCUCUACCACAUAUAAAGAUACGACACGCUUAUGAUUUUUCUUUGUGUUUUCCUCAUGAAUUAUUGAUGAGGUUUUGAAUUUACUAGUAAAGAAUAUGUGCAUGAAAUACCUUCCAGCUUGACUGUUCAUUUAUUUGACGGUCCUUGAAUAUUCUUGCACUAGUUCAACAGAUCGUACCCAUUCAGCCUCUCUAUUCACAGUUUGUUUGUGCACCUUGAUACACUGAGUGCAUACGGCUGAAAUAUUUAUAAAUUAAGAGAGGAUCAAAUCAGAUACUUUGGCAACGCACAAUUAUAUAAUGUUGCCAAAUUUAAGCAAAACUAUAAACAUAACGAUUCAUAAAACUAUAAACAUAACAUUACAAACGCAAAAAACUAUAAACAUAACAUUACGAAGAGUUAUCAGGGAUUAUUUAGGAAUAGCUCGGGAAUUACAAAGAUAAGUUUUAAAUGGGCCGAAAACCCCAUAUGUAAACCAGGAGUUAAAUAUAGCACACAUACAUGGCAUUAUUUCUUCUCAGUGGCUCGUUUGCAGACAAAUUUUUUUUAGUUAUGACAAUAGGAGCCUUGCUUUUUAUUUAUUUAAUCCAUUAGAUCCACAUAGGUGCCACUUUGGAAAAAUGGCACUUCAGUUUUGAGUAAUUUUUAAUAUCUGCCCGCCAUCUUGAAAUCGUCGUCUCUUGGGAACUUUCAAAAAUAUCUAAAACGUAAAACACCGUCAGAAAUGUAGAGUGCCCAUCUAUGCUGCAAUAAGAAAAAAUCAUUGCGAACUCACGACUCCUGAAAUAGCAGACUCAGAAACUAACAACAAAUCAAUCUUGACUGAUAAUUUAAAACAGUUAAGGGAUGCUAAUCAUAAGAAAUGUUUAAUAGCUAGCUUAAAUGUAAACAGUCUACCGAACAAAUUUGUCGAAAUCAAAGAGUGGCUACGCUGUGGUGUUUUCGAUAUUCUCUCAAUUCAAGAAACAAAAAUUGAUAAAACCUUCCCAAAUUCUCAAUUUUACGUCGAAGGAUUUAAAUAUUUUCGUAGGGAUCGAAAGAAAGGCGGAGGCGGCAUUAUUGUCUACAUAAAAGAAAACAUUAUUGCACAAAAAAGAAAAUUGCAUGCAAACAGCUCGAGACCAUUCUACUUCAAUUACGCAUCGGACAGCGACAAUUUGCAUUAAUCAGCGCAUAUAAACCACCCUCGGUAGACAAUAACGCGUUCACCACUGAAUUAUCAAUGGUAUUAGACGAAGCGUUUCUAUUAAGCGAAAACAUUGUUUGCACUGGAGACUUGAAUUCUGAUUUAUUGCAGCCUCUGUCCAACAAUAAACAAGGGAAAUGCUUGCUGGAUAUUUGCGACAUUUACGAUUUAGAUUCUCUUAUUAAUAAACCAACGCGAGUAUCAGAAAAUCGAUCGUCUUGCCUUGACGUUAUUUUAACAAACGUGCCAGCAUUUAUGGGAGACUCUGAUGUUGUAGAAACAGGACUCAGCAAUCAUUACUUGGUAUAUACAGUUCUAAACAUAAAGCCUAUGCGACCUAAAUCAGAGCCCCUCAUUAAACGCUCGCUUAAAAAUUUCAAUCAGAAGGCGUUCCUUGAGGAUCUCAGUAAAGUACCAUUCACUACUGCUUACAUAUUUGACGACUCAGACGACGUUUAUUGGUGCUGGGAAACACUCUAUAAUCAGGUGCUUGAUGAUCAUGCUCCAAUAAGAAAGUUUUAUCGCCGGCCACGAAUAGCAUCAAAGUUUAUCACUGCAGAAACCCGAAAUGCCAUGAAAGAAAGGGACCGUUUAAAGAAAAAGUAUUAUAAAUCUAGAAACCCUACAGAUUGGGAGCAAUACCGCCAGAUCAGAAAUAAGGUAGUCAGCAUGCGAAGGAAAUCGGUCCAAGAGCAUUUCAGGAAACUCUGCGUAGACAAACACGGAAAUCAGAAAAAGUUCUGGAGCACUAUAAAACCGUACAUUAAUUCAAGGAAAAUUAAAAGCAAUAGUCGUAUUGUUAUUAAAGACAAUGAAAAGAUUAUUACUGACACGAAAGAAGUGGUGGAGACAUUGAAUAAAUAUUUUUCGAGCGAUGCUUAUGUUCCAGACUCCGAUCAUGCAAAUAGACCUAUGCCAGACUUAAAUCACAUAGCUGAAAACGUUGUAAAUGUGCCAACAUUAUCACUGAAGGAAACUAAUUACGUAGAAGUUAGAGAGAUACUAGAAGAUGUUAAAAUAAAUAAAGCUACAGGAUACGACCUUAUCCCGCCUCGACUGGUGAAAGAGUCAGCUGAAGUGCUUUGCUAUCCCCUGAGCACAUUAAUUAACUAUAUUCUGGGCAAUGGAAAAAUCCUUCAGCAAUGGAAAUCCGGCGAAAUAACACCUGUAUAUAAGAAAGAAUGUGAACUGAGCAAAAUUAACUAUAGACCUUUAACGAUUUUGCCUUCCCUCUCUAAGGUAUUUGAGAAGAUAGUAGAGCUGAGAAUGAGCCCUCAUUUUGAGAAAAUAUACCACAAAUACGUUUUUGCGUAUAGAAAACAUCACGGAUGUGAUACAGCUAUUCUAUCCUUGACAGAAGAAUGGAAGAAGGAACUCGACAAUCACAAGGUGAUUGGUCUUGUGGCGAUGGAUCUUUCAAAAGCUUUUGACACACUGCCACACGACUUAACUGUCCAGAAGUUGAAACAAUACGGCGCUGACCAAAAAACAACGACGCUAAUCACGGACUAUCUCUCUAACCGACGUCAAAGGGUCAAGCUCGGAAGUAACUACUCUUCAUGGGAGAACAUUUCUGCAGGAAUACCUCAAGGCUCCAUCCUUGGCCCACUGCUUUUCAAUAUUUUUAUGAAUGACCUUGCAUAUGUUAUCAAACACAGCAAAUUAUCAGCUUACGCAGACGACACACAGAUCUCCUAUGCAGAUAAAGACCCUGCAAAAGUGGAAGAAGUCAUUAACUCUGAUUUAGCCAAAGUUGACCAGUGGUAUAAAGAAAAUAGAAUGCAAAGAAAUCUCUCCAAGUACCAAGCAAUCGUAAUGGGAAAACCAAAAGCCAAUCUUGAAUUUCGCUGUGAAAACACAACCAUUCCCAACUGCGAGGAAAUGGAACUUCUUGGGGUCACUAUGGAUAACAAGCUGAAAUUUGAAAAACAUGUAGCAAAAAUAUGCCGGAAAGUGUCUCAACAAACUGCAGUUUUAAAGCGUAUGAGAAAUAUACUCCCAUUCGAAAUAAGAUCUAACAUUUAUACGUGCUUUAUCGCACCGCAUUUCAGGUACUGUUCUGAAACCUGGCAUUUUUGUAACAAGAUCACAGCUGACAAGUUGGAGAAAGUGCACGAACGUGCGAUCUGCUUUGUUUUCAAGGACAGGUACGCACCCUACGAGGAACUUCUCGCAAAAUUGGGACUCUCAACUUUGAGGCACGAACGAAUUAAAAAAAAUAUUUGUAAUGUGUAUAGAUCAUUAAAUCACAGCAACUAUCCAAGCUUAAAGGAAUUACUAAAUCUAAGGCAAAGCAAAUAUUCAUUGAGAGGAAAACAUAUUCUUCAAAUUCCAAAGGUGAAUACCACAACUUAUGGGCUGAAAUCCUGGCGAUACCAGGCAGCAAAACUAUGGAAUUCGCUUCCUGACACUUAAUGACAUUAGAAUCUUAGACAAUCUACAGUAACUUAACGUAUUUUCACUUAGUUAGAUCAAAUUAAUUUAAUAACUACAAAUCUAAUUUAGUCUUCUUUUUACUAUAGUCUUAUAAACAAUUAAUAUUAUCAUGGCAAUACCUGUAAAUUAGCUUUUUCUGUAGCUAAGUGUAUUUGAUCACGUUAAAUAAAUGUUAUUGUAUUGUAUUGUAUUGUGGAAAAAUUUUUUAAUGUCUUUCGGCAAAAAUUCCUUUCAUUUGUUUUGAAGUUAUUCGCUUAAGUGUAGUUCACAACAAAAUUAAAUAUUAAGGCAAACUAAUUUUUGAAUCCGAAUAUGAACAGGCGGAUUCAGCCUCUUAAUCAGGUCACAUUCAAGAUCACACCUCAUGAUAUUGCCCAAAAAGCAUCUCUGGAAAUAUGAUUUAUCAGGUAGUAUUUUACAACUCAAAGGGCACUUAUGCCCCCCUUGCCCCUCCUACUGCUCCUAGCAAAAGGCAAGAGGGGCAGCUGCCCCUCCCAGUUCCGGCGUCCCUGCAUUUAAAUUACAAUCCAGAGAACAAAAUAAUUUGUAGUAUUAUUCAAUUGUAGCCUUAGUAUAAGAGCACGCAUCCAAGACGUGUACCAAGUUGCGCUGAAGAGUGACGAGGUGUAGAAUGCCGAAACAUGAAUGCCUGCAGAGUGUACUAAUUUUCAUCUAUUUUUUAUAAUAUUAUUGAAGAUACAUGCCGAAUACCAGCCCAUAAUAGCAAUACGUCACACGUGACUGGGCCGAAACAUUUGCCGACGGAUAUAAGCAGUGUAAUAACAAUAUGGCUAAUCCUGCAAGCCGUGGUGAGUAGAUAUUAUUUUGUACCUUUUUGUCUGGAAAUAAACUAUUGUGGAUGGCAUAUCAGUUAUAAACUCAAAUCCAAUAAGGAUCAAAUAGCAUCCCUUAUUGAUCCAUUGUUACUACAGGACGAAACCUAAAAUAAACUAACUUUAUUUAUAUUAGGCAGUUCUAUCAGUUCUAAACUGUUCUUCAUACAGGUCCACUAAAGAUCAUCUCUUAUUGUUCCAGUGUUACUACAGGGUGAAACCUAACCAAACUAACUUUAUUUCUACUGGAUAGCUCUAUCAGUUGUGUAAACUGUUCUUCCUAGAGGUCCAGUAAGGAUCAUCGAUCUCUGAUUGAUCCAGUGUUACUACAGGAGCAGAUCUAAACUAGACUAACUUUAUUUAUAUUGGACAGGUCUAUUAUAGUUCUAAGCUGUUCUCCCUAGAGGUAAGGGCAGUAAAUACAGGAUAUUUUCACCACGGGGACAGUAUAUAACGCCUAUAUGCCGAAAUAAGUCCCAAAUAUCCACAGAAUAAUUAGUAAUGACAUUGUAAAAAUCUAGUUUUCUGUAUAGUGUGUGUGUAUGUAUUUGUGGGAGUGCCGCCCCCCCCCCAGUUUGUAUAAGUCAUCUCUUAUUGAUCUCUUUCCAAUUUAUCAACGAUAUUUAUGUUGUUUCAGCGUGCGAUAAUGGUGUUCAGAUUAUCAUUAUAUUAAAUGAUGUCAUAUGCGGGACCACUCUUGAAGAACUUAUUCAAUUGGUAAGAUUGUUUCUCCCGUUCAAUUUGUAGUUUGUUUUCCAUCGCCUUUCAUAUGUAUUAAUAUUUACGUGGUGUAUUUUAGAUUGAUCAUAACCGAAGCGAUGUAAAUUUUGUUCGAAUAAUAAGGUAUUUAUUAACUAGACCCUAUACUAGUAGUCUACAGUUUUCAGAACUGAUUAUUGACUUUACUAUGUUGUUAUAAGUUUCACUAAGCGCACUACGAGGACAAUGACUAAACAGGUUACUACAAAGGGUUUCUCGAGAAUAAUGCAAUAACUAUAUAUGUUCCAGAUUCUUACACAGAUAGCUAUUAUAUAGUAUAAGCAUAGUUUAAUUCAAGAUGUGAAUUUUGGUGUCAAAAACUCAAAACCCAUCUCUUAUGGAUUAAAUUUUAAAUGCCAUUAAAACUCGAUAACUUGGAAAAGGUAUAGAUUGCAAAGAAAUUUUACUACGACACUUGUACGUUCAUGUAAAGCAAAAUACUUCGAAAAGUUAAAUACGAAAUUACAAGACCCCAAAUUAGGUACAAAGAAUUGGUGGGACAUAGUCAAAUCAUUAUACGGAAGUAAUAUACAUCAAUCAAUACCGCCACUAUUUGAUGGUGAUCGCAUAAUAACUGAUGCAAAAGAAAAAGCCACAAUUUUUAAUCAGUACUUUAUUACUCAAUGUAAAGUGGAUAACAAUGAUGCCCCGAUACCUAACAUAAUUGAUUUUCAAAAUUCAAAGGUUUAUUUCACAUCUAUCCACAACUGAGUUUGAAGUAAAAAAUUUAUUAAGUAUAAUUGAUGUUUCCAAGGCUUGUGGUGUCGAUGGUAUGGGUAACUUUUUAAUUGAAACUUGUGCUCAUGGUAUUGCGAGUUCUUUUUCACGAUUUAUUAAUAUUUCUUUUUCCAAUUUUUCCGUCUGCAUGGAGGAAAGCAAAUGUUAUACCUAUUUUCAAAAAGGAUGAUCGACAGUCUAAGGAGAACUAUCAUCCUGUUUCGUUAGUGAUAUCUAUUUCAAAAAUUUGUGAAAAAAUCUUAUUUAUUCGGCUUUAUAAUUUUUUAUUGGAAAUUUAUUUCCUUAACCCCUUUCGAUCAGGUUUCCGACCUGGCGACUCUACAGUCUACAGUAAAUCAACUUGUUUUUAUUAUUAAUGAAGCCUUAGAGCAAGGUAAGGAUCUCUGGGAGUAAGAGAUCCCUUACUUAAAUGGAUAACGAGUUACUUAUCUGAUAGGAUGCAGCAUGUAUUAAUAGAUGGUCAGUAAUCUAAUUGGGACCGAGUUCCCCAGGGUUCUGUUUUGGGCCCUCUGCUUUUUUAAUUUACAUAAAUGAUAUCACUUGCAACCUUCAGAGCUAUGGUUUUUCUUUAUGCUGACGACACUUUGCCGCUUGAAGUAGUUGAUGAUCCAACUUUUUCUGCUGUUAGUCUUAAUAAUGAUCAUGUAUUUUUCUGUUUAUUAUAUAAAGGACAGUCUUUGAAAAGCGAUAACUUUUACAGAAAAGCGAUAACUUUUACAGAAAAGCGAUAAUUGAAAAGCGAUAAUUUUCACAUGUGAGAUUAUCAUGAAUAAUUUCACAUGUGACUGUGAGAUCAUCAUUUUUAUCAGUGCUCGAAAUCUCUAUAAAACACUAUACAUUACAAUAAAAAUUCAUAAAUUUGAACCACGCUAGAGCAUGACAACAGCAAAAUGCUGGACAAUAUUUUGGGAGGUGAAAUACAAGAACAAUAAAUCAGAGAGUGUUUACUUGAAACUCACUGGGGGGCGGGGGCAACACCCCUGAUAAUUGUUCAUGAGGAAUUUCAGGUAGAUUUCCAGUGCACUUUUAGGUAAAUUUAAGUAGAUUUGCAUAAGAAUUUCAGGGGAAUUCAGGUAAUUCUCAGGAAAUGAGAAAGUGAAUUUGCAAAAUAACUGUAUUUUCGGAAAAAUUAUUAUAUGUCCUGAAAUUUUUGUUGUGCAUCUGGAAACAUUUUGGUAACCCCCCCCCUCUUCUAUCUAAUUUGUUUUCAUUAAGGUUGGUCUUCAUAUGGGGCUAUUCAUGUCCUGUUGGCCAUACCUUCAACCAUAUUAUGUAGUGUUUUAGUCUAUUUUAUGUAUGGUUGUAAAGUUAAUAAAUAAAUAAAUAAAUAAAUAUACAUCUUUUGAAAACAGGCGAGGGGUUAUUGCAUGCAUGUAUUUCUAGUUAUCAAGUUAUCAGUGAUUGUAAAAGUUGCAGAUAGUCUAAGUGUUUUGUUUUAUAUUAUUAUCAAGUUAUCAGUGAUCGCAAAACCUCCAAAUCCUUAAUUUCAAAAGCCCCGCCGGGGCUAAUGCAUUUAUCAUCGGCUUCCCCGGGGGUCGACCCCGAACCACCCAGGGACUUUUGUUAAGAGGAUGGAACAAAACAUUAACAAAGCCCCUGGGUACAGGGGAAAGUUUAAUGACAAAAAUCAUGUUACAUUUAGCCCCCUACCCCAGGGGCAAAAAAGCAAACAUAACAUCCCUAACAAAAACAAAAUAUUAUAUAACUGGAUACAAAAUACAGCAGAAAAGUAAACAAUGCACUUCACAUAUUCGCACGUGAAGGGCAUCGUACAUCUGGAUAUUCUUUCGUGAAACUUUGGCGAACCAAGUUUAUGUUGUUGCUACGGAAGAACCCAUAAAAGCUCUCUGCUGUGGAGUAAAUUGUGGCAUCGCCAUUUCAAAGUGUACGGGGUUUUAUACGAGAGAAUGCGUUUCAGCACAAACAACUCGAAAGCACAAAUUCCAUGGAAAUUCCCACGGAACUGUCAUGGGAGUAAAAAUGAAUUCAUAAUGAAGCAAGAACAGCACCAACAGAGAAAAAUGUAACGUUUUCAUAGGCUUUUCGGAGGAUUUGUACUCGGUAAAAUCCUGCCGGAAUUUUAUCAUAAAUGCAACAAAUAGCAAACUUUUCAUACAUGAACUCAAAUAAAGAAUACCGUUUGUCAUUUCCGUGCGCAAGCCAGUUUUAGGAGAGCAAAAUUUACUAUUUUCAAUUUUUUUUAUAUUUUCCAUAAUUUAAGAACUCAAGCAAUCCAUACAUAUAAAAAAUUACAUUUCAUGAACAGAAUUGUGGAAUGGAGAGCAAUUUCAAAAUUAUCUUACUUUUUUUGAUACACCCUGUAUAUCUCUAUUACAUUCAAGAAUGCUUAUAUUAUCUGUCACUCCUCGGUUUUCACCGCAUGAAAACUGCCCCAAACCUGACAGAGAACAACUAUUUUCCAUAAUAUAACUUUGAACACAAUUAACAUUAGUGUUUAUAUUUACCAAACAAUUUUCAUAAAUGACAGUUUGUAAAAGUAUAAACGCUUUUUCCUGUAGUAUGCAGUAUAAACAUGAAAGUGACCGCUCUCCUAGAACUGCAAUCCAAAAAUAGCUGCUUGUUUCUAUUCUUGUAAGAAAAAUAUACUAUUGUUAAAAAAAGAACCAGAGAAAAAAACGUAGAAAUAUAAUUCUCCUUGUCAUUUCCAGAAAAAGGAAAUAACUAAAACGCCUACCAUAACUAAAACGCCUACCAUAUUAUAUUCCUAUUAUAAUAAUUCGAGAUAGGGAAUUCCCCAACACUAUAUCAGCUAUUCGCCCCAUUCCAUAGCAACAUUUCUGUUUUUAUGGAACAUGUGUAAGCUUGGAAGCCUUAACAAACACGCAAAAACUAUAAACAUAACAUUACGAAGAGUUAUCAGGGAUUAUUUAGGAAUAGCUCGGGAAUUACAAAGAUAAGUUUUAAAUGGGCCGAAAACCCCAUAUGUAAACCAGGAGUUAAAUAUAGCACACAUACAUGGCAUUAUUUCUUCUCAGUGGCUCGUUUGCAGACAAAUUUUUUUUAGUUAUGACAAUAGGAGCCUUGCUUUUUAUUUAUUUAAUCCAUUAGAUCCACAUAGGUGCCACUUUGGAAAAAUGGCACUUCAGUUUUGAGUAAUUUUUAAUAUCUGCCCGCCAUCUUGAAAUCGUCGUCUCUUGGGAACUUUCAAAAAUAUCUAAAACGUAAAACACCGUCAGAAAUGUAGAGUGCCCAUCUAUGCUGCAAUAAGAAAAAAUCAUUGCGAACUCACGACUCCUGAAAUAGCAGACUCAGAAACUAACAACAAAUCAAUCUUGACUGAUAAUUUAAAACAGUUAAGGGAUGCUAAUCAUAAGAAAUGUUUAAUAGCUAGCUUAAAUGUAAACAGUCUACCGAACAAAUUUGUCGAAAUCAAAGAGUGGCUACGCUGUGGUGUUUUCGAUAUUCUCUCAAUUCAAGAAACAAAAAUUGAUAAAACCUUCCCAAAUUUGCAAUUUUACGUCGAAGGAUUUAAAUAUUUUCGUAGGGAUCAAAAGAAAGGCGGAGGCGGCAUUAUUGUCUACAUAAAAGAAAACAUUAUUGCACAAAAAAAGAAAAUUGCAUCCAAACAGCUCGAGACCAUUCUUCUUCAAUUACGCAUCGGACAGCGACAAUUUGCAUUAAUCAGCGCAUAUAAACCACCCUCGGUAGACAAUAACGCGUUCACCACUGGAUUAUCAAUGGUAUUAGAGAAGCGUUUCUAUUAAGCGAAAACAUUGUUUGCACUGGAGACUUGAAUUCUGAUUUAUUGCAGCCUCUGUCCAACAAUAAACAAGGGAAAUGCUUGCUGGAUAUUUGCGACAUUUACGAUUUAGAUUCUCUUAUUAAUAAACCAACGCGAGUAUCAGAAAAUCGAUCGUCUUGCCUUGACGUUAUUUUAACAAACGUGCCAGCAUUUAUGGGAGACUCUGAUGUUGUAGAAACAGGACUCAGCAAUCAUUACUUGGUAUAUACAGUUCUAAACAUAAAGCCUAUGCGACCUAAAUCAGAGCCCCUCAUUAAACGCUCGCUUAAAAAUUUCAAUCAGAAGGCGUUCCUUGAGGAUCUCAGUAAAGUACCAUUCACUACUGCUUACAUAUUUGACGACUCAGACGACGUUUAUUGGUGCUGGGAAACACUCUAUAAUCAGGUGCUUGAUGAUCAUGCUCCAAUAAGAAAGUUUUAUCGCCGGCCACGAAUAGCAUCAAAGUUUAUCACUGCAGAAACCCGAAAUGCCAUGAAAGAAAGGGACCGUUUAAAGAAAAAGUAUUAUAAAUCUAGAAACCCUACAGAUUGGAAGCAAUACCGCCAGAUCAGAAAUAAGGUAGUCAGCAUGCGAAGGGAAUCGGUCCAAGAGCAUUUCAGGAAACUCUGCGUAGACAAACACGGAAAUCAGAAAAAGUUCUGGAGCCUAUAAAACCGUACAUUAAUUCAAGGAAAAUUAAAAGCAAUAGUCGUAUUGUUAUUAAAGACAAUGAAAAGAUUAUUACUGACACGAAAGAAGUGUUGGAGAUAUUGAAUAAAUAUUUUUCGAGCGAUGCUUAUGUUCCAGACUCCGAUCAUGCAAAUGGACCUAUGCCAGACUUAAAUCACAUAGCUGAAAACGUUGUAAAUGUGCCAACAUUAUCACUGAAGGAAACUAAUUACGUAGAAGUUAGAGAGAUACUAGAAGAUGUUAAAAUAAAUAAAGCUACAGGAUACGACCUUAUCCCGCCUCAACUGGUGAAAGAGUCAGCUGAAGUGCUUUGCUAUCCCCUGAGCACACUAAUUAACUAUAUUCUGGGCAAUGGAAAAAUCCCUCAGCAAUGGAAAUCCGGCGAAAUAACACCUGAACUGAGCAAAAUUAACUAUAGACCUUUAACGAUUUUGCCUUCCCUCUCUAAGGUAUUUGAGAAGAUAGUAGAGCUGAGAAUGAGCCCUCAUUUUGAGAAAAUAUACCACAAAUACGUUUUUGCGUAUAGAAAACAUCACGGAUGUGAUACAGCUAUUCUAUCCUUGACAGAAGAAUGGAAGAAGGAACUCGACAAUCACAAGGUGAUUGGUCUUGUGGCGAUGGAUCUUUCAAAAGCUUUUGACACACUGCCACACGACUCCAUCCUUGGCAGACUGCUUUUCAAUAUUUUUAUGAAUGACCUUGCAUAUGUUAUCAAACACAGCAAAUUAUCAGCUUACGCGGACGACACACAGAUCUCCUAUGCAGAUAAAGACCCUGCAAAAGUGGAAGAAGUCGUUAACUCUGAUUUAGCCAAAGUUGACCAGUGGUAUAAAGAAAAUAGAAUGCAAAGAAAUCUCUCCAAGUACCAAGCAAUCGUAAUGGGAAAACCAAAAGCCAAUCUUGAAUUUCGCUGUGAAAACACAACCAUUCCCAACUGCGAGGAAAUGGAACUUCUUGGGGUCACUAUGGAUAACAAGCUGAAAUUUGAAAAACAUGUAGCAAAAAUAUGCCGGAAAGUGUCUCAACAAACUGCAGUUUUAAAGCGUAUGAGAAAUAUACUCCCAUUCGAAAUAAGAUCUAACAUUUAUACGUGCUUUAUCGCACCGCAUUUCAGGUACUGUUCUGAAACCUGGCAUUUUUGUAACAAGAUCACAGCUGACAAGUUGGAGAAAGUGAACGAACGUGCGAUCCGCUUUGUUUUCAAGGACAGGUACGCACCCUACGAGGAACUUCUCGCAAAAUUGGGACUCUCAACUUUGAGGCACGAACGAAUUAAAAAAAUUAUUUGUAAUGUGUAUAGAUCAUUAAAUCACAGCAACUAUCCAGCGAGCUUAAAGGAAUUACUCAAUCUAAGGCAAAGCAAAUAUUCAUUGAGAGGAAAACAUAUUCUUCAAAUUCCAAAGGUGAAUACCACAACUUAUGGGCUGAAAUCCUGGCGAUACCAGGCAGCAAAACUAUGGAAUUCGCUUCCUGACACUGCUAGAGCCACAGAAAACUACGAAAUGUUUUCAAACAGUAUUAGUUUAAACGACAUUAGAAUCUUAGACAAUCUACAGUAA